AUGUUUGCAACCCUUGAUAAUCGUUGCCUAAAAUACUUUUGGGGACGUUUAUGGAGCGAUACUCUUUUAUUUUUUUGCCAACGCGGCGGAGGCGGAAGAGGAAACGGUCCAUCCUCCACAUUCUGCAGCUGGCAUGGUGUCACUUGCGGCGGAGGUGGAAGAGGAAACGGAAGAGUGGUUUCACUUAAUGUGACCGGUCUAUGCGGCGGUGAACUGGCGUCUUCCAUCGGAGAGUUAUCCGAGCUUCGAGUUUUGUCGAUUCCUGAAAACAUCUUCUUUGGCGAAAUUCCGGUGAGUUUGAUGAAUCUCCGGGGACUUGAGGUUCUUGAGCUUCAAGGUAACAACUUUUCAGGAAAUGUGUCUUUACAGAUGAGUUAUUUUGAAUCUCUUAAACUUGUUAAUCUAUCUGGUAAUGCUUUUUCUGGUAGUAUUCCGGAUGGGUUUAUUUUUUCUAAGAAUAUGAAAAUUGUUGAUUUGUCUGAUAAUCAAUUUUCUGGUUCGAUUCUUGUGAAUGAUUCUGUUGGUUGUGAUUCUUUGAGGCAUUUGAAACUGUCUCAUAAUUUUUUGACUGGUGAGAUUCCUCCUCAAUUUGGGAAAUGUAGAAACUUGAGGACCCUUUUGGUUGAUGGGAAUAUAUUGGAAGGUAAAAUGCCUCUUGAGAUUGGGCUUGCGGUCGAACUUCGUGUUCUUGAUGUUUCGCAAAACAGUCUCACGGGGAGAAUCCCGGAACUGUUAGGUAAUUGUUUGAAGUUGUCUGUUCUUGUUCUUACUGAUUUGUUUGAUGAUCGCGGCGGUUCCGACGCGGGUAGUUUGUUGGAGGAUAAGUUUAGAGGUGAAUUCAAUGCCUUUGUUGGGGAUAUUCCCCAUGCAGUUUUGUCGCUUUCGAGUUUGAAGAUUUUGUGGGCCCCGAGAGCGAAUUUUGGCAGACGGUUACCUGUUGAAUGGACAGAUUCGUCGUGCUCUCUUAGAAUACUCAAUUUGGCUGAGAAUGAUGUUACUGGUGUCGUGCCCGCGAGUUUAGGGAUGUGUCGGAAUUUGACUUUCUUGGACUUGAGUUCUAACAAUUUAGAGGGAUAUUUUGUGUUGGAUCAGCUCCGUGUUUCUUGGGAACGUGUAGUAUCCAGGGUAUUGUCAGCUACGAAUGAGGAAGGUCGAGUUAAAUGGGAGAACUCCAUCGAACAAGUCACAUAUGAGGAAGAUGCUAUUGGUGCUGAAGAAAAUGAUGAGAGACUUACUAAAUCAUCUAAUGCUUCUGAUAAAGCAUUUGAGGUCUUAAAAGAAUUUUGUUGUAAUGGUACUGUUGUCGAGGACCCUGAGUUGGGCCAGAUGCCUUCACAUGAAACUACAAAUCCAAAAACAUCACUGGAUUGUUCCAUUGAUACUGGAUUGUUCGUUACUGGUUCAUAUGAUCAUUAUGUUAAUGUUUGGGACACUAACACCACUCAGGUUGUGGUGAAUUUUAAAAUGCCUGGUAAGUUGGAACUGAGGAUGUACAAGUUCGGCUUUGUGAAUUGUGAUAUUGCUUCGGGGGCAUUUGCUCAUACUUUGUCUGGUCAUCGAGAUGGUGUAAUGACUGUUGAAUGGUCUGCUUCAAGUGAAUGGGUCUUGAUUACUGGGGGGUGUGGUGGCGCCAUACGUUUUUGGGACAUAAGGCGUGCUGGUUGUUUCCAAGUUUUAAAUCAAUCUCGUACACAGCUUGGAAGACGUCCACCAAUACUCAAACGUUCUUCCAUAACUAAGGAAUCAAGUACAAAAAUGCGUGAUGCACAGAAGAAAUUUGUCAAUGGCAGUGGCAGUGGACAACUGCCAAUUGGCAGGCUAUCAUCUAGGGGACCCAUGAAGCAGAAAUUACAAUCUUCACAAGUCAAAGGAAAUGGAUGCAACCAAGUCAAACAAUGGUGA